AUGGGCAUACGGCGAAUAGUUUCUAAGCUGCUGAAAGGAUCAGAAUCAUCAAAGAGGGACGGCAAUGGAUGGAAAGAGGGCGCGGAUUCAUCUGAAUUAAAACCAUUUACCGCAGGAAGGGUUACAAAAAGAUUCAAAGCAACCGUCGCUGAUGAGCUGACCGUAUCAAAAGGAACAAAAGUCAGAGCAAUCUAUCGUGAAGAUAAUUGGAUCUAUGUCCACGCAUCGGAUGGAAAGCGUGGAUUUGUACCAGAAUCGUAUUGUCGACUGGAUAACGGUUCGCCAAAGGCCGUACACCUAAAAGGAAACACCUCAAAAAUACAGAAGAGAACUUCUAAAAGAGAAAAUGAAGUGCAGACGACAGUAAUGAACGGCUACCUUCAUGACGAUCUGAACAAGUCCAGCUUGGAAAGAUUCAUCGACAGCCUUCCUGUAAGGAAAGACGAGGGACAGUCUUUUCAAAUGAGGGAACAUGGCAAAGCACGAGUUCUUCAUCGAUACGAGGCAAUGCGCGCAGACGACGUGAACGUUUGGAUGAAUGAUGAGGUUGUCGUCUUGAACACUGAUGACCCGGAAUGGACAUAUGUUUCUACAGAAGAUCAACUCGAAGGAUUUGUUCCAGCACAACAUCUAGAUUUUGGGAAGAAAGUUACCGUCAAAGCGAGUAAAGUUCAAGAACAUCGGCUAGUGGUCGAAGACUUUGAUGGACGGCACGCUUUAGAUAUCUCCGUAGAACAGGGAGAGUGGGUUACGGUAGUUUCCGAUGAUCCUGAAGGAUGGAUGUGGGUGAAGCGAAUGAGAGAUGGUAGAGAAGGAUUUCUACCGUCACGAAUAGCCAUUUUAGCAACGAACUUGUGA